AUGGAAGGUCCUGAAAGAGAUAACGAUCAGGAUGAUUUUAAGUCGAAGAAGGUCUCAACGUAAGUUAACAUAAUUUUCAUUGUUUUCUUCAACUUUAGGUAAAAUACGUCAUUUUGAGGUUUCAUUAUAUUAAACCAUUUUGCUUUUAGUGACACAGAUUAUAAUAAAAGAGCGGCCAAGAUAAGCAAACGGGAUGCGAUUGACGCUCAAUUUGGGUACGUGAAGCUGAAGGAUGACAUAAAACGAGAUGCGUGGCUUGUUAACGUUCAGCCUGUAAGUUGGAACGCUAAUAUAAUGUUCUUUACAUUAUACUUAAGCUUUAACAUUUAUAUUAUGGUUUUUAGAGUGAAAUGAUUGACAGUUUGGACUAUCGGAUAUUAGCCUGCAUUGAUCUGUACUUUAUUGAAGAAGAUGGUGAACGUUUCAAGGUCUCAUACCCUUAUUAUCCUUAUUUGUUGUUGGAAACGUUGGAGGAGUAUUCUGUGAUUGUUUCAUCUUAUUUGACAAAGCAUUACGAGUAUUGUUGGAUUGAAAAUGUGGAAAAGGUCAACUUGGACAUGGUAUGAUGUUAUACUUGAAGGAAAAUGGAUGUUUUUCGAAAUUCUUUGAAUACUUUGGAAGCAAAUUGAUAUUUUUAGAUGAAAUAUAAUGUAAUACAUCAUUUAAACUUUAAAUGGCUUUAUAAUUUACAGUGAAUAUUUUAGGACAACCACUUAACUGGCAGCAAGACCAAGUACCUGAAGGUGAUAUUUUUAAGUGAAGCAGAGAUGCAGCAGUUUAAAAAUUCGUUGUUAAAGACGAUUUUGAAGAACAAGGAGAAGGCAAAGAGUAAUACUGAUUAUACAAAGCUCUUGCAAAAGUAAGAUUUUUGAUUUUAUGUGUGUUUUUGUGAUUUUAGGCCAAUUGUAGGUUCUUUAACAUGGUUUUUUGGUCAUAAAUCUUCAAAAACAUGCUAAAAUUAAAUUGUUAUAGUAUCAUAAGUUCAUCAAGAACAUAGUUUUUAUAUUCCAGACAUUUCGGCACAGCAAAGUCGGACAUUCCGGACACACUGGACCUUAUCAUAGACAUCAGAGAGUACGAUCUGCCUUAUCAGAUGCGAGUGUGUGUAGACAACAAGAUCUUUGCUGGUUUAUGGUACACAGUAGAGUGUUUGAAUCCGGAAACUCAGAAGCCAAGUGUGGUACGAAAUUUCGACAAGGUGGAGCCAUUGGAGCCGGUUAUUUGUGCUUAUGAUAUUGAGACCACCAAGGCUCCGUUGAAGUUCCCUGACGCUGAAGUUGAUCAGGUAGGAGGGUGGGGUGAUUUUUGAGGUGGAUACUUUAUUCUGGAUACAAUAAUGCUGUUUUAUAGGUAAUGAUGAUAUCCUACAUGAUAAACGGCACAGGCUACUUGAUUAUCAACCGAAAAUGUGUGUCAGCAGAUAUCGACGACUUUGAAUAUACUCCAAGACCCGAGUUUCAAGGACAUUUCACAGUGUAUAACAUGCCAGAUGAACGUACUACACUACAGAAGUUCUUCGAACACCUACUUGAAGUCAAACCAGCUAUUAUGGUUACCUACAACGGAGACUUCUUUGAUUGGUAAGAGCUUUUUGUGGGCGGGGUAAAAAUUAAAAAAAUGUUUUUUUGGGAUGAGGGGGCAAGAAAUGGGAUUAUAAUCUUUAUGCCUAAAUGAAAAAAAAAAUUUUUUUAGGGCGGGGUAAAAUUUCAAAAAAUUUUUUGGGCUUGGAUUUUUUAGGGGGGGGGGGGGCGGGGGUAAGAAAUUUUAAUAUUAUGGUUGUUAGUUUAAAAUAAAAAAUUUGAAAGGGCGGGGGUAAAAUUUCAAAUUUUUUUUUUUGGGGGGGGGGGGGGUUAAUAUUAGAAUAUUUAAAUUUAUUACCUAAUUUCAGGCCAUUUGUGGACAAACGAGCGGAACAUCACGACCUAUACCUAUCAGACUUGGGCUUUUUCAAAGACGACCAAGAUGAAUAUAAACACCCUUCAGUAGCCCAUAUGGACGCCUUCAGAUGGGUGAAACGAGACUCCUACCUUCCAAUGGGAUCCCAGAAUUUGAAGGCGGCUACACGAGCCAAAUUACGCUACGAUCCGGAAGAGGUGGACCCAGAAGAGAUGGUACAAAUGGCAAUAGAUGAACCCCAGAAAAUGGCCAACUAUUCAGUAUCAGACGCCGUAGCUACGUACUAUCUGUACACAAAGUACGUACAUCCAUUUGUGUUUGCCUUGUGCACCAUUAUCCCAUUAGGACCAGACGACGUACUGCGCAAAGGCUCUGGUACUCUAUGUGAAGCUCUCUUGAUGGUAGAAGCUUUUCACAACAAUAUCGUUUUUCCAAACAAACACAUCAUAAAGGAUCAUACCAUGACUCUAGAUGGGUUUUUGAUCAAUUCCGAGACGUAUGUUGGAGCGAAAGUUGAGGCAUUGGAGUCGGGAGUGUUCAAGGCGGACAUUGACGUCAAGUUCAGGCUGGAAGUGGAGGCGUUGGAGCAGUUAAAAGUAAUAUUUUGAAAGGAUUUUAGUGGUCUUGAUGACAAUUGACAAAAACUUAAUUUGGUACUAACGGUACCACUAGUACAAAAAACAUAAAAGUUUAGUUUUAACGGUACCAGUGUUAUUACUAGAACUAAAAACUUUGAAAAUUCUAAAAUGGUACUAACUGUACCAGUGGUACCAUUAGUACUAUUUCGGUUUUUUUGUUACUUUUAAAGGUGUUUUAAGCGUUUGUUACUUAGUUUUUCUUUUUUUGUACUAUUGGUGCCAUUUUGAUAAAAUGUUACUAGUGGUACCAUUAGUACCAUUUUUUAUUUUUCGGUUUUUUUGCUGUUUUAAGCGUUUUUAUUGUAUUUUGCCUUUGGUAUUAAUGGUACUAAUUUGGUACUCAUAGUACUAGCGGUACCAUUAGUACCACUUUAAGUCGUGCAUUUUUUGACUUUUUUCUAUGUGUUUUGGGAUUAAUGGUACUCUUUUUGAUGGUUAAAAGUACUAAAGUUCGUUUCCAAUUUUUAGUCAGAAGUCGAAGCCACGAUGCGCCACGCUGUAGAAGGCGAACUAGGUGUACCACUAACCGAAGUAACCAAUUUCGAAGAAGAAUGUGGAAAGGUAAAAGAAGUCUUGUCGAGUUUAAUCGAACACCCAAAACGUUUCGAACCACCAAAGAUUUAUCAUUUGGAUGUGGGAGCCAUGUACCCCAACAUCAUCCUCACCAACCGACUUCAACCACCUGCUGUGGUGACGGAAAAACAAUGCAUGAACUGUGUUUACAACACGAACGAUGCCAAAUGUAAACGAGAGAUGGAGUGGGUUUGGCGAGGCGAUUUGAGUAGGUUUUGGUAGGGUUUUGGGGGAUUUUAGGAGAUUUUGAGGUAUUUUUGAAGAAAAAUGACGUUUUAAAUUGGAAAUGAGGAGUUUGGUAACUUAAAAAUUAGAUUACUUAAACGGUAGUUAAUGUAUUUUACCUUUCUUUAAAAAAAUUGAAAAAUUUGCGUUAAAACAUGAAAAAAUGGAAGUGGAAGUUGAGUGGAAGAUUAUUAAUGUAAUUUGCACUGAAAAUCUUCCAUCAAACUUCCACUUCUAAAAAGCAUCAAAAUCUUGUUUUUAGAGCAUUUUAAGGCAUUUUAAAAAUUGAAGUUUAGUGGAAGAUUUUCAGUGCAAAAUACAUUACAAAUCUUUCACUCAAAUUCCACUUUUUUAAACUUUAUUUUUAGUGCAUAAAUGACAAAGGUAGUAUUAAAAAAGCAUUUUUAUUUGAUUUAAAUUUAAGAUAUUGAUAAAAAUUUAAUUUUCGAAAAUAAACUUUUACGAUAUGUUACAGUAACCGCGACCAAAGGCGAAUACGAAGGCUUGAUCAUGCAGAUCGAACAGGAACGGUUCGGUAAAGAUCAAGUGCCAUUUUACAGUUUGAACAAGGAGGAAAGGGACAAGAUUGAAAAGAAGAGAAUUGAUGGUGAGUUCAGUACUUAUUAGUACUAUAUACUUAUAAAUAAACGGUACUAUAUAAUGCAGUUGACUUUGCAGCACGUUUUUGUAGUAUGAGAUGUGGGGUACUGUAUAGCACUAUGAAAAAUGUUAUUGUUUUGUCUAGUAUCAUGAAUAGUACCGUACUAUAUAGUACUAUAACUAGUACAGUACUCAAUAUGUAGUAUGUUAUAUUCGAUAUUACAUAAUACUAUGAAACAGUACAGUAGUUAGUGGCAGGGUAUUUUAGAAUUUUGUCGCCGUGCUCACGGUAAGAUUCACACAGCACGUGAGGAAAAGAGAACGACACGGAUUUGUCAACGUGAAAACUCCUUCUAUGUGGACACUGUCAGAGCCUUCAGAGACCGAAGAUAUGAUUACAAGGCGUUGUUGAAGGUAAUAAGUGAAGAAGGCAGUUUGUGGUACUUGCAGUACCAGUGGUAUCACUAGUACCAUUAUUUAUUUUUUUUUAAAUUUUGUUUUUUUUUGCGUAGUGGGUUGUUAACAUAGGCAAAAAUAGUUUUGUGGCAAACUGUACCAGUGGUACCACUAGUACCAUUUAUAAAUUUUAGGCAUUUUUUGGAUUUUUAACAUUUUGUACUGUUAUUUUGUUAUCAAAAAUACUACUUUUUACAAAUGGUACCAUUGGUACUACAAGUGGUACCAUUAGUACCAUUUUCAAAUUUUUAAACAUUUUUUGGAUUUUGACGUCCUGUAUUGUUAUUGUUGCCAAAAAUAUUUUUAGUACAAAUGGUACCAGUGGUACCAAUAGUACAAUUUCAAAAUUUAAAAUUUUUUUGAGGGUUUAACGUUUUGUACUGUUAUUACUACCAAAAAUACGUUUUUUAGUACAAAUGGUGCAAUAGUACUGUUUUCUAAGCCAUAAAACAUAUUUUCAGAAAGCCAAGAACCAGCUGUCAGAGCUGGACGAAAAAGACAUAGCCGCAGUAAAAGCCGGUCAAGCUCGAGUAGUACUAUACGAAUCACUCCAACUAGCUCACAAAUGCAUCCUCAACUCAUUCUACGGCUAUGUAAUGAGGAAAGGAUCAAGAUGGUUUUCGAUGGAAAUGGCCGGGAUCGUAUGUUACACUGGAGUACAGAUCAUCACAGAAGCUAGAAAGGUCAUCGAAAAAGUGGGAAGACCAUUGGAGCUGGAUACGGAUGGGAUUUGGUGCUUGUUACCUUCGUCUUUCCCUGAAAACUUUUGCUUCAAAACGAAGAACGGGAAAAGUGUAAGGAUUUGGGGGGUUCUUAAGGUUAAUAUUGGUGCUAAGAGGUUAAUAUUACUGUCUAAAUUUGACUUUUUAAAAAUUUUUUCUUGGUCUAAGCAAUGAAAAUGACAAAAAAUCCUACACUAUACAUUACAUGUUACUAUUUUUGCUUACAGAACCCAAAAAGAGCGUUUUUAGUAACUGGAAGUUGAGUGGAAGAUUUGUAAUGUAAUUUGCACUGAAAAUCUUCCACUGAACUUCUACUUUUAAAAUGUGUCGAAAACCUGUUUUUAAGCCAUUUUAAGACAUUUUAAAAAUGAAAGUUGAGUGGAAGAUUUUCAGUGCAAAUUACAUUACAAAUCUUCCACACAACUUCCACUUUUUUAAUUGGGUUAAUUUUGGUUUUUUAUUGAAAACUGGUUCAAACUUUGAUUACAAAUCUUAAAAAAAUUGUUUUUUAGGCUUAUAUUUUUAAAAAUAUUUUAACUUUUUAAAUAAAUUUUAAACUUUAGCUAACAGUAUCAUACCCAGGAGCAAUGCUUAACGCCCUAGUACAAAACCUCUUUACCAACGACCAGUAUCAUGACCUAAAACAAGAUGGAAAGUAUGAAAUAAAGUCGGAAAACUCAAUUUUUUUCGAAGUCGAUGGCCCAUACCUAGCUAUGAUUCUGCCAGCAUCGACUGAAGAAGGCAAGAAGCUGAAGAAACGCUACGCCGUCUUCAACUUUGAUGAAUCUAUGGCAGAGCUGAAGGGAUUCGAAGUGAAACGACGUGGAGAAUUAGGUAUCAUCAAGGAGUUUCAAACCACAAUCUUCAAAACUUUUCUAAAAGGCCAGACUCUGGUAGAGAUUUAUGGUAAUGUAGCCAAAGAAGCCGACUACUGGAUCGAUAUUCUGGAGUCACAAGGAGCCGAACUAACUGAUGGGCAACUUUUUGAAUUGAUUGCGGAGAAUAGAUCAAUGAGUAGGAAACUGGAGGAGUAUGGAGCACAAAAGAGCACUAGUAUCACCACGGCAAAGAGAUUGGUGGAGGUAGGGGGAUUUUAAAGGUUUUUUUUGGGGGGAGAAAGAUUUGAAAAGUUUUUUUAAAGGUUUCUGGGGUUUUUAAAGGGGUUUUGUAAGGGGUUGAGGUACAGUAUUUGGGAGAGGGAGGGGCAAAAAGUAAACGGGGGGGGGAGGAUUAAAAAUUUUUUUUUGAAAUCUUAAAAUGUUUUAAGAUCCUAAAAACACGUUUUUAAGGCCUUUUAAAAGUGGAAUUUAUGUGGAAGAUUUGUAAUGCAUUUUGCACUGAAAAUCUUCCACUCAACUUCCACUUUUUAAAAAGUGCAAGAAUAAGUGUUUUGAUGUUUAGGAUGGAUUGAAAUUUACUUUUUACGUUUAAAAGCUGUUUAAAAUGAUUAAAAAGAAACUAAAAUAAAAUGUUUUUUAAUUUUUCAAGUUUUAAAUAUGAUUUUAGUUCCUGGGGGAAGACAUGGUGAAGAACGCGGGUCUAGCCUGCUCAUUUGUCAUCUCAAAAUAUCCACUUGGUGCACCAGUGACCGAACGUACGAUUCCACUACGAAUCUUCCAAUCCAAACCCAGCAUAAUGGUACACUUUUUGAGGAAAUGGUGCAAAAACCACGAAAUUACGGAAAAUGUCAAUGUCAGACAGGUGGGUAGAUACCUCUGUGAUGUUUUACUAGGACUAGAAAUUUUGUGGUCACUGUAGUUUUUGGGUUACGGUACUAAAUAUGGCUUUUUAGAGUAUAAAAGGCCGUCUGUUCCGUGAAUAAUAUAAUUUUUGCUAAAAAGACCUAAUUAACCUAACUUUUCAGCUGUUAGACUGGGCCUACUACAAAGAGCGUUUCUUCGCCUGUAUCAGAAAGAUCAUCACGAUUCCAGCGGCGCUACAGAACGUCCCGAAUCCCCUCCCAAGAGUACCACACCCAGAUUGGCUGGAAAGAGUGAGGAAGGAGAAGAUUGACAGCGUUUUGCAGCCUAAAAUCAACUCGUUCUUUAAAGUAAGUUGAUGUAGAGGUUCAAGAAAAGAAUGGAGAGUUUGAUUUUGAUGGUUUAGGCUAAAGAUUAUAGACGUCUCGGGUUGAAAACGGCAGAAAAUGAGGGAAAAAUGGCUGAUCAUUGGGGUUUUUUGGGAAAAAUUUUUGAUUUUUGAAGGUUUUACAACGGAAAAUGAACGUUUUAUGUCAUUUUUAAUAGACUUUGCAGAUAUCUAAUUAAUUUAGGUAACAAUACUGAAUUUUACAGCUAUUAGCUAUAUUAUAGUAGCCAAGAAUUUAAAAAAAUAACGUUUUAGAAAGCAGAAAAGCCAGUUCAGAAGACCCCAACGCAUUCUCAAACCUCCAGAAGCCUGAAACGACCAUUACUCUCGUCCCAAGUACGACCAUUAGACCUAGAGCCAACUACACCAAAACGAAGCCGCAAAGCCCCAUUAGAUGGGACUCCAACAAGGUCAUUGAGUCGAAUGUCAACUACAAGUCAUACCAGCACACAACCGGUCAAACCGUCACUGAAAAAGGACGGCUUCUCGAAAUGGGUAGGUUUGGAAGAAACCUUGUUUACAGGGGAGGGGGAAAGAAGGAAGGGGUUUUUAGGAUGAGGAGGAAUUGGCAAAAACUUUAUUUAUUGUAUGGAUAGAGAUAUUUGAUUAUAAUGAAGAAAAUGGACUGUUUUUAAAAGUGGAAGUUGAGUGGAAGAUUUGUAAAGCAUUUUGCACUGAAAAUCUUUCGCUGAGCUUUCAUUUUUUAAAUGUCUUAAAAUGGCCUAAAAACAAGUUUUUGAGACUUUUUAAAAGUGGAAGUUUAGUGGAUGAUUUUCAGUGCAAAAUACAUUACAAAUCUUCCACUCAACUUCCACUUCUGUAAAUUGCCGUAAUUUUUAUAGGAAUUUAAAAUAUGGAAGAAAGUUUGAUUACAAAGCUUGAAAAUGAAGUUAUUGUUCAACUUUUAAAAUUUUUUGAUUAAUUUUAAAAGGCAAUUUUAAAAAAAUGUCAUUUUCAGAUAGCUUAUCACAUAACCAAAUGGAGACGGCAAGAAAAAGAAAAAAGAUCGUGGAAAGCGGAGGAUACGACAAAGAAACGAGGCAUAUCACGACUUCAGCAAAUGGUAAUGAACGAAAACGAACGUCUACAAGUUCAUGUCUGGCACAUUCUACAAGUCAAACCGACCAAAACUCCUGGGCUAUUCGAUGUCUUCGCCAUUAUCAAUGGAAAUCGACAGAAAUUCGAACUAAAAGUACCAAGAACUAUCUAUUUGGACGAUGCUAUCGAAAGAAUCGGGUCAAAGUUGUCAGGAUUGGCAUUGCCUAGGAAUCGAUCACACAAGUUUUUGUAUGAAAUCACAUUGGAUGAGACUGAGUUUAUCAAUUUGAGAACGUAUGUUGUACUUGAGGAAAGAUUUUGGGGUAUUGGUACCUGAGACGAGAUUUUGGGGUAUUCGGAGGUUUUUUUUGAAACGGUACUAAUGGUACCACUUGAAAUUUUUGUUAUUUUUUUCAUUUGAGGUUUUCAAAGGUUAGAAAAUUUUUUUUUAAAUGACUUUUUAAUUUUUUUGUACUACUAGUACUAAUGGUACCAGUUGUACCACUAAUGGUACUAAUGGUACCACUUGCAAUUUUUGUUGUUUUUAGGCAUUUUGAGGUUUUUAAGGGUUAUUUAAUGCUUUUUUAUGAAUUUUUUUAUACUUUUCGUACUACUAGUACUAAUGGUACUACUAGUACUAAAGGUACUAAUGGUACUAGUGGUACCAUUAACAAAAUUUUUUUAUUUUUUACGAAUUUUUAGGAUUUUGGGACUCAAUAAUGUCUUUUUUGUGAAAAUUUUUAAUAUUAGUACCAACGGUACCAGUGGUACCAUUAACAAAUUUUCAAAAAUUUUUGUGAAAUUUUUAAAUAUGUUUUAUUUGUGGUACUAGAAGUACUAUAAGUUCACAUGUUUUAUAAUUUUAAAACCGUUUUACUUUCAGUGACAUGUGUGAAAGUGCCUGCAUGAGACGAGUACGCGGCGUGUACGAAACCCAAGUACCACCAUUCUUCAAAGCUUUGAUGCAAAUGGGUCAUACAGCAAAAAUUAAAAGUUUGACAAACGCUACGAAGAUCUCACUUGCUCAAAUUUCCAGGGUAACUUUUGAUAUCUUAUUGUUAAGUCAGUGACGUUAUGCCAAAAUGGCGGGAAAUUUAAAUUUGUAUUUUGAAAAAGUUCGAAUUUUAAACUCAAAUUUUGCACAUUUAUUAACAAUGGUACAAGUAUGCACUGUCCAAAAUUUGAGGUUAUUUGGACUAUUUUAGAUAAAGUUAUGACAAUUUAAAAUUAGCCUAUUCCUAAAGUAUUGUUAUAGGUGGAGGAAGUGCCCGGCUUGGAUCCAGACGAAAUGAAAAUCAUUUUCUUUUAUGAAAUGACAUACAGAAAGGAAAAUGUGGUCUUUUUAUUUGCACCAUUUGCCAAAGUGGCACAAUUGUUCAUUACAAACAAGAAUCAACAAAUCCCGAAUUUGGCUAAGGUUUUCGAAGAGGAACUUGGAGCAUUGUAAGGAGAUUUUUGAAGUUUUGUUCAUAUUUAUUUAUAUCAAUUAGUUAAAGUAGGUUUAGAAAGACAUUCUGCGUAUGUUUUAAGUUGCUAUCUAUUUAGUUUUUGACUAAAAAAGAUUUUUAAAAAAAAGUUUACAGGAGGGGGGGCAAGCUCAAAAAAAACGAUUUUUUAAAAAUUUUUUUAAAAUAUGUUUUUAUAGUACUUGUUAAGAUCAUAAACGCUACAGGAAAGAGUUUUUUGUCAAGAAAAAGUUUUGUAUUUGAUUAAAAAUGGCAUUUUUUGCAGAAAAAUCUACAGGGGGACCAAGGCUCAAAAGAAAAAAUAAAAAAAAAAUUUUUUUGAAAAAUGGUUAUAUUAUAGUCAUAAAGGUCAUAAAGGAUACUGGAAAACAUUUUUACUCAUAGGGAGUUUUGCAUUUGAUUAAAAAUGGCAUUUUUUGCAGAAAAAUCAACAGGGGGACCAAGCUCGAAAAACGUGAACUUUUUGGGACAUUUUUAUUGUAAUGUAAAUGCUAUUUUUAGUUUUAGAAUGUUAGAAAAGUUAAUAGGAAGUUUUUUUAUAUCAAGAAAUUUUAGUAUUUGUUAAAAAAUUGCAAUUUUUUACUAAAAAACGCCAUUUUAGGCCUAUUUUUGGUAGUUUUUAUUAAUUUAUGACAAUAUUUUCAGAGAAGAUGACUCUCAACUCUUUGAAAACACAUUGGAAAUUAAGUUUUCUCACACUCAAAACGAUUCGAUUAAAGCUGAAAUUGGUCGAUUUGUCAAAAACCUCAAUCUUCAAUCAUACGACCCAGUACUAUAUCUAGUACAAUCGACCAGAACUCCAGAAGAAUUUGGUACCAACUACUCAUUUAUCAACUCGUCAGCACCACAAGUACGUCUAAAACAGGAUACGGCGCAAAGCGUGUUCCAAUCAAUCGAUUGGACUCAGAAAAUCAUCAAAAACGCGAUGCAAAGCUACCUCGGGGCAUAUUUGAAAUUGAUCGAAAAAUUGGAAAUUUCACGGAUAUCAGGCAUACCGAUCUGUAACCUGACCGAGGACUGGUACUGUCAAGCAUUGGAUGUGCAGUACGCUCAGUUGUUGCGAAAAGAGAAUCAGAUUCUAUGGGCAUCAGAAGCACCGCAACCAGACUUGGGCGGCAAGAUCAAAGACCAAACUGAAGAUAUGGAACAUUGGGACAACGUGUCGUUCCAUCAUCUACACAGUGAUGUAUACAAUGAUAAGGCUUUUGUGGUAAGGGUUUGGCCCGAAAUUCCGAAUUAAAAAAAAAAUUAUUUAAAAAAAAUUGUACGGUAGAGUACUGUAGAAAAAAAGGAGGGUACGGUAGAGCAGGAUAGGAAAAAGGAGAGUACUGUAGAGUACGGUAUGAAACAACAGGACACGGUAGAGUACGGUAGACUAUUUUAUUUGAUUUCAGAACGACUACAUUGUAGUAGAGCUGGAGAUGGGUAAUAUAGCACCAAACGCGGUAAUGCAAAUGAAUGCCAUCAUUGAAGCGGAAGGAGCGUCGGAUGUGAUAAACUAUGGCACGGAGGUAGUGAAUAUGUCAGUUAUGAACCAAUUCCGACCACGAGAAAGCGAAAUCAACGAAGCAGCGGCUGUCACCAAGGCCUUAAACACGAUCCGAAUGAUGGCACUGAAACUGAUCGAGAACAUGAAGAAGGGGGACUCUUAUGCUGACAUGUUGUUCAUUCAUUUACAGAGGUGGGGAUUGAAUUAUUUUUUGUUUGUAAAAAAUUAGAUUUAGGCUUAGUUUUGGGAACUUAGGCUCACUUUUGAGGUUAUAGGCUUAGGUUUUGAGAUUCUAGUUUUCAGGCUUAUUUUUGGUAUUUUAAGCUUAUUAUGUGGUUUUAGGCUUAGUUUUGGGGUUUUAGGCUUGUUUUUGGGUUUUUAGAAUUAUUUUUGGCGCUUUAGGCUUAUUUUUGAGGUUUUAGGCUUAUAUUUGAUUUUGUGUGCUUGAUUUAGUUUUUAAGGUUUAACUUCGAAUUUUGAGGCUUAUUUUAUUUUUUAGGCUUAGUUUUGACUUUUAGGCUUAUUUUUAAAGUUUUAGGCUGUUUCAGGUUUAUUUGUUAGGUUUUAGGCUUAUUUUUGAGGUUUUAGGCUUCAUUCUGCAUUUUAGGCUUAAUCUUGCAUUUUUAGGCUUAGCUUUGAAUUUAGGCUUAAUUUUUUAAUUUUUAUGUUUAGCUUUAAACCUUUAGGCUUAGCUUCACUUUCUAGGCUUAAUUGGACAUUAGUGUGCUUAGGUUUAAAAUUUUUCAGGUUUACUUUUGUUUUUUGGGUUAAUUUUUGUUUUUAGGCUUAACUUUUACAAUUUUAGAUGGAUAUUCGACCCUGCUUCCCUCUUCUACGACCCAGCCAUAAUCCAAAUGAUAAUCACUCUGAUGAAGAAACUUUGUUUACUGAUCGUUUGCGGAGUGAACAAGAACGGCGGCCGAGUACUACACUGCUCAUUCGGCCGACUAGUACUCUCUACUCAACAUCGUACUAUCGAAGAAGCCACGGCCUUUGUGGAUUCAUUAAGAAAGACAAUGAUUCAGAAUCCACUGUUCUACGCCGUGAAUUUGAUACCGUACCGGAUGAGCGAGAGUACGGUAUGGAUGGACAUUCACAACUAUGCUCGUGUGGACUGUGCUGAAUGGGACUAUAAGGCCAGGGAGUGGAAGUUUUUGGAGGUAGGGGUGGUUGGAAAUGGAGUUUUUGAAAAUUGAAAAUUUUUUUUGUGGUACUAUUGGUACUAAUGGUACUAGUGGUGCCAUUGGUACUAGUGGUACCAUUGGUAAUAUAUUUUAAAAAUUGUUUUUUUAUAGUCAUAAUAGGGUCUAACAACCGUAAAAUUUGGUUUCUUGCAAAAAAAAAAUUGGUACUACUGGUACCGUUGGUACAAGUGGUACCAAAAUUGGAAAUAAUUUGGUUCUGGAGGUAUAUAAUAAGUAGAAAAUGAAAAAAAAACGUUUUUGUUGAAAAAAUAUUUUUGGUACUACUGGUACCACUAGUACCAUCAUUUAAAUGAAGUUGCAUUUUUAAAAAUUUUAAUUUUAUAAAAGGCCAGGUUUUGAUGUAGUUUGGCUUAAUUUAGAUCUUUGUUUUAGGAACUGACUCCGAAAUCGACCUUAAAAAUGGCAGAUCACUUUCCAGAGAACGGGAGAUGCAUGUUGAGGAACUUGAUCGGAAUUUACAUGCUCAACGUGGCUAAAUUUAAGAAGACUAGGCUAAGUGAGAAUGUAAGUCUGUUUUUGUGGAAUGAAAUAGUAUCAUAUUGAAAUGGCAAGAACUUUCUUAAUGAAAUGGCAAGAAGUUUCUUUGCAAAACGUAAAAGGGCUGUUUUUCAAAGUGGAAGUUGGGUGGAAGAUUUGUAAUGUAUUUUGCACUGGAAAUCUUCCACGGAACUUUCACUUCUAAAAAGUAUUAAAAAUGAGUUUUUAAGCCAUUUUAAUACUUUUUCAAAAUGGAAGCUGAGUGGAAGAUUUUCAGUGCAAAUUAUAUUACAAAUCUUCCACUCAACUUCCACUUUUUGAAAACCCUAAAAUUUUCUGUUUCUUCAGAAAUUUGAACAAAAAGAGUUCAUAAAUUACUGUGGUGACUUCCUUCAACACAUUAGUGAGAACGAAUGGACGAUGGAAGAUGGCGAGACCAAGAUUGCCAGUAUUUACAGCAGUGUAAACUCGCUAUACCUAAAACGAUUCAAGUUAUACGAGGAAUUGACCGAAAGAACAGCCAUCGGCAUGAUUUUGAAGUUCCAAAACAUCAAUUUUAAUCCAGCAAUCGAGUUUGUCAAAGCUCUUACUGAGGUGUUUCUACUGGAUGGUGAUAUCGCUGAUGUAGUGGAAGAUAUCAGGACAAAGGCCUUGAACAAUAUGGGAGUGAAUGAGAAUGCAUACGUAGCGGACUUUAAACCACUAUAUCAGAGGGUGAUACUGCAACAAGUGAUUUGUCCAAAUUGUUUCUACAACGUUGAUCUGGACAUCACUUCGACCAAUAUUGUGAAUGAGGAGGGAGUGGUGAUGGACACGAAAAAAGGUAAAAUACGAGCGUGUCUUUUUUUUAAUUUGUUAAUGUAAUGAAUAGAUAUGAUAGAAAAAAUACUGUAGAGCAAUAUAGAAGAAGUUAGGAAUGAAAACUUUGGGAUUGGUUGAUUGAAAAAUGGCAUUUUUAUGAGAUUUGUCUGUACCUAGAAGGGUUGAGACGAAUAGGUUGUGGAAAAGGUAAAAUACGAUGGUUUUCGAAUCUACCUAUGUUAAUGUAAUGAAUAGGUAUGACAGAAAAAAAAGAUUGUAGAGUAAUAUAGAAGAGGUUAGAAAAGAAAAUUUUGAGUUUGGGUAGCUGAAAAAUGGCAUUUUCAUGAAAUUUUCUAUAUCUCGAAGGGUGGAGAAGAAUAGAACAUUGAAAAGGUAAAAUACGUUUAUUGGUGGGACUUCAUGUUAAUGUAGUGAAUAGAUAUGAUAGAUAAAAGACUGUAGAGUAAUGGGGAAAUGGUAUAAAUUGAAAAUUUGUGAUUGGUCAAUUAAUAAAUGGCAUUUUUCUGCGGGAAGACUAUGCCUGAGAGGUCUGAAUUGAGUCAUGUUUUGAGUAUGCUAGGGUAGGGUAAGAUGGGGAAAUUUAGAGUAAGAUAAUUGAAAGCUGUUUAAAAGAAAGUAGAGUAGAGUAUGGCAUGGUAUGACAAAAUAACUGAUAUUGUAUAAACAGAACUUUUGUCUAAAUAGUUUUUUAUGUUAUUUUACAUAAUAUGAUGGUAUAAUAAGAUAGCCUUAGAGAAAUUGCAAGAAAUGAUGUUACGUAACGUUUUCUUAUGUAAUAUUGAUUAAUUUUGCAAUAUUUGCCUCGAUAUAAAACGAUCCAACAAAUUACUGCGAGUGCUGGGGGAUUUUAGAUCAUUUUACUGCGAGGGAGGAGCUUUUUAUCUGCGUGUUUUAUGACUAAAGUAAAUGGUAGGGUAGAUGAACUGUGAAGGAGUGGUCUUAAAGGGCAGGCAGAUUAGGAGUACUGUAGAAUAGAGAUUCCAAAGGUUAGGGUAUUGUAGACUAGAGUAUGAUUUCAUUACUGUAGGUUAUGCACCGAUAUCAAAGAGUACAGUAGGGUGGGAUAGUGUACUUUAGGGUAGAGUAGGGUAUGGUAGGAUAGAGUAUGGCAGGGUAGGAUUAGGGUAAGGUAGGGUACGGUAGAGUAGUGUAGUAUGGUAGAGUAGGGUAGGGUAACUAACUCAAUAUAAAGUUAUAAAAUUUGUUGUUUCAGUAACCUUCAAAUGCCCUGAAUGUCCAGUCAACUUCCCGAGAGAAGUGGUCGAAGUAUUGUUGAUGAAACGGCUAGCCAAAAUCAACAAAGUCUUUGAUGCGCAAGACUUUGUGUGCACCAGAUGCAAAACGGUAUGUCAUAUUUUAUAGUUUUUAAAAAAUUUUACAUUUUUUUUGAAAAUAGUUAAAAAGGGUACCAGUAGUACCAAUAGUACCAUUUUGAAAAAAGUUUUUAGAAGUGUAAAAACUGUUACAAAGACAACAAAUUUGACUUUUUAAACUUAAAAUGUGUAAUAGUACUACUGCUACUAAUGGUACUAUUGGUACUAAUAGUACCAUUUUUUAAAAAGUGUCUUAAAUAUUUAGAAACGGUUAAAAUACAGAAACUACGACUUUUGAACUUAAAAAGUGUAAUGGUACUACUGGUACCAAUAGUACCAUUUUAAAAAAAAAGUUUUUAAAUGUUUAAAAACGGUUAAAAAAACAAAAAGUAUGAUUUUUUGAACUUAAAAAGUGUAAUGGUACUACUGGUACCAAUGGUACUGUUUUUGUAAAGUUGUUCUAAAACGCCUAAAAAUGACAAAACAGUCAAUAUUAAACUUUAGGUAUAAAGUCUGAAUUAUUUUCAGGAAUGCACCAACGGUACCAACACAGUAUGCCCAUCCUGUAGUUUUGUUUACAAGCCUACGAUACCAAAUGACGAUUACACUUCACAUUUACAACUCUUACUGGCCGUGAGCAAAGUCUUUGAGUUCAGAAGCCUGGAAGGCGUGGUUACCCAUGCUUAUCGACUUCACAAGCUUAAACAGCCUAAAAUGGACUAG